GAGAGGAGCGCGGCGGUCGCGAUCACGCGACGCGAGGCACGAGGCCAGCACGCCAGCACGCCAGCACGCCGCGGGGAGCGCCAUGACGCCUUGGCACUGCCGUGACUGCCGUGACGCCCCGGCCACGACGCACCGGCCAUGAGGCCAUGACGCGGUACGCGCGCACCGCCAAAGUGUCAACGCCAAAAAGCAACCCAAAUGUGAUAUCGAGUCAAGUCUGCACGUGUGCACAGUAGGAUUAAGUGUGUGAAUAGUGAAAAGUGAUGUCGUGACGUUGCCGCCAUGCUGUCCUACAUGAUCCCCCCGUCCGAAGACAAGGCGGGCAGCAGCCCGCAGCAGGCGGCGCACCGCCAGCAGCCCAUGGUGCCCAUGGUGCACAAGGCGCGCGCCCGGCAGCACCCCGCCGAGCCGCCGCCACCGCCCCCGGCCUCCAACGGCCACCCCAACGGCAGGACCAACGGCGUGGAGGUGCCCGUCAACGGCCAGCACCACAGCGCCGCCACCACGGUGGUGGUCAACGACGGCGGCAGCACCACCACCACCACCACCUUCAGCAGCACCAGCAGCAUCAACGGCACGGUGCACACCACCAAGAAGAUCAUCAAGACCCACCGCGACCAGCCGGUGCUGGCGCCGGCCUCGUACGGGGGCAUGUCCACCGAGAGCUCCGCCAGCAGCUUAAGCACCGCGGCCUCGGAGCAGGCCAACACCCCCACGUCCUCGUGCGGGGACAAGCCCAAGCCCAAGCUCCUCGCCAACGGCACCAAGAACCCGGGACUGAAAAGGGUCUCGUUCGGCAGCUCCAAGGGCUCCAUGGUGGAGACCUUGAUCUACGAGAGCCCCCUCCAGGAGGAACCGGAACUGACCACGCCCACCUACGACCACCUCACGGGGCCCGUCAUCGACCCCGCGCUCAUCGAGAACGACCCCUCAGGUGCCGCUGGGGCGGACCGCGUCCGCGUCACGUUCUUCGAGUCCUCCAAGCCGCAAGUGGUGGAGGGCAGUGACGUGCUCACCCCCGACGCCCUGGACGCGCCGCUGGGCGCCAUGGCGGCGGACACCACCCACGGCUACCACCGGCAAAACAGCACCGACAGCGGCUGGGACAACCCGUUCCGGCCGGACGGCGACCUGAGCCGCGAGGCGGACGAGAUCGUGGAGCUCAUCAAGGGCGGCAAGCCCAUCACCACGCCGGCCAGCGCCGCGCCCGGCAGCCCCGGCCACAACCCCCUCGCCGGGGACUCCCUCAAGGCGCAGCACUCGUCCCCCGUGACGAGCACGCCGCACAAGAACGGGCAGAACGGGCAGAACGGCGCGGCGGCCGCGCAGGCCAAGCCGGCCGGCAGCGUGGACGUGACGCGGGGCACGGUGACGGGCGGGGACCAGGCGCAGGUCGAGCACAUCACCCUCAAGAAGAAGCCCAAGUGCAAGUGCUGCAUCGUGCAGUGAAAACGAGUGAACCGCAGCCAAACGCCUCCGCUUCGCCACAAAUUCAACAUUAUUUUUCCUACGCAAAAAAAAAAGAAAGAAAGAAAAGUCCAUGUCGAAUAUUUGUUUUUGUGCCGACGGCAGUAGUGUGUUCGUGGUGUCGUCUUGUGUGUGCGUGUGUGAUGGUCGGUGGUUCUGGACCGGUUCGUUCUUGUUGGUCGACGACGACUAGGAGAGGACCAUUUUAUUUUUUUUAUGCUGAAGACUGUGUUUUCGGCCCCCUGCGUGGGCCCGAGAUGGAGCGGCCUGAGCCAGCCUGUGGCUGUGGCCGGUGGAGUGCCUGGCCUGCCGGUGCCUGGCGUGCCUGGCCUCAGGGAUGGGGUGGGCGUAGUCGGCGUAGUCAGGACGCGCGACGUUGGCCCGUUGGCCGCCUGGGCCUCGGCGUCGCUCGGCGUCGCUCGGCGUGCACCCCGCGUGCACGCGCCCGACCGGCCUGGACACUUGCCCACGGAGGCCCCACCCUGUGAUAACGUGAUACACCCCCCUUUGCUUUGUUUUUAACUUAUUUAUUAUUACUAUUAUGAUUAUUAUUGUUUUUCUUCGUACGAGGCGUAGUUGUAAUUUACACGUUUUUUACGCAAUAAUAAUGAUUUGGUCAGUGCUUGCCGGACAGGCUGGUUGUCUGUGAUUACGCCAAGGGGCGUGGCUCGGCGCGUCCCUACCCCCUGUCGCGGGGAAGCCCUGGGCGCCCCGGGCGCGGGGUAGCGCCGUGUCGAGGCGGCGUGGCGCGGCGUGGCCGAUGACAGGGGUGGAGCGAGGGCCUUGUCGGCAAAGCGAGUGUGUGUAUGUCUAUGUGUCCGUGUGUGAGUGCGUGUGAGAGCGUGAGUGAGAGUGUGAGUUGCAGUUGAAAGAAAGAGAAGUAAGUGUCUCGCGUCAAUGCCAUUUCGGUUGAGGUGGAAAAAAGUGAAGCCGACACGAUAUGCGUGGCGGGCAAAGCGAUGAAAGAGGAGAAAGAGUGAAUUGAAUGAUGAGACUUUUGUACAAUGUUGAGCCUGCUAAGUAAGAAGAGUCUUUUAGAAGCCGUUACCUCAGUACUUCCUAUUCUGCUGUAGACUGAUUCAUUUUCAUUAUUCGUGCUGUACCAGUCUCUAUUAUUAUCACAGAGAUAUUAUUCCGGAUUCGGAUACCUCUUGUAUUGAUUUUGCUUGAACCUCAAUGUACUGCGGAAUUCCCUUAAAAUAUCAACUACGGCGUUACUAUGUAUGUCGCUAUGCUGGUAAUUUAGGACCAUGGGCCAAGAUGAAUUUUUCAGACAAACCUAUAUUUUAUUCCUUGAUGACUUCUAUGCUAUCGUAGCGCAGUCAUAUUGCAGAGCUACUUGUCAAACGCAAUUCGCGUCAUCUUUCUAUUUUUAUUUAUUUUUUGUCCUAAUGUUCUGCGAAUGUGCUUAAACUCCCAUCAGUUUCUUGUCACAGUCAGGGAAGACCCGGCUGCUGGCAAUAGUUUUUUUUGUUUUAAUUUUUUUCCGAAGCCAAAAUGUUUAUUAUUGUUAUCUUAUCUUAUAAAUAACGAUACAUUUAAACAAAUUUAGUUGAUCCCACCAAUGAAGUUAAUAGUACGACGCCGCCUUUGCGUAGUUGUGCACCAAGAGGCUACGCUCGUUACGGUGCUGGACUGAUGUUUGUUUCCGACCCUAUAGGUAUCGGGGUGGUUCCACAGUGGUUCCACAGUGGUUCCACAUUGGUCCCACUGGGGGCGGAGGGGGAGAGUCGUUCCCUUGGCAGCUGUUUUGUGAUAAUAUUUGCCCCAGUUCUGGUCAUACUAGCCGGGAGUCACCACGGCACCUCCUCCAACCGCCCCGCGCCCCGAGGUAAAAAAUCUUAGGGGGAAAAGAAAAAUAUGACAUUGAAACGGUUUAAACUAGAAUUUACCUCUGCCUCUAUUUUAAAAUUGUAUGGUGUUUAAUUGUAAUACAAAAUAUUAAUUAAAAACAGUUUUUAACUUAUUCGAGAGAUAUCUGCAUUUUCUUUGAUCAUCAUCACACCCCGUCCGUUUCCAAAUUAACUAAAUACUGUAACUAAAAAUAGUGUGGGAUGUGUGAACAGCAUCUGAGCAUUUUUAUUAUUAGAUGCCUUGAGCAAAGUAAAAGGAAGCAUCCCUUUCAAAAAUCGAGCAUGGUGUUGGAAUUGGUUUACCAUAGACCUAAACUCGAUCCACCAGAUUCUACAAGGAUCUGACAGCUGUUUUAUUUUGAGAUGUCUUUGGGGUAAAUUCGAGUAAUGCCUCUCAUUGAUAUUUUAUCACCUUUUAAGUAGUGACUGCUGUCCUGUCAUGCUACCUGUGUCUGUCUGUUUGUAUCAAUCUGCCCCCUGUCAAUGUUAAUGGCAGAUCAUUAGAGCUUUUCUUCCAACAACCUGCUGUUGGAAACCGUGGUUUACUCAAUAAAAUUUUUAAAAUACGGAAGUGAAGCUCUUUAUAGCUGCAUCUUCGUGUCUCUUGCCAUGUAUUUCACUCUUGAUUUUCUACUGGAUUUUUUUAAAAUCUUAAUAUGUGGUUUAGUCCUGGACUGGGCCUUUACAUUGACAUGGUAGUGAAAGACAGAAUAUCCUUCCAGCAGGUGGUCCUUCCGCCUACCCAUAUUUACUCAGAAUUUUUACUCAAGGACCCCCUUAGGAUAAUGUGCAGAUGUUCAAAGAGAGAAACAGAAAGAGAGAGAAUCCAGCCUGUUUCAAGCAGACUUUUGCCAUACUUUAACUUGGCUUUCCUAGGCUAGAGUCCUAGACUCUACCCUGGGCCUAGCUAUUUUGCACACAUUGCCAAGUUGUCGCUGUAUUGAUUAUCACAGCAAAAGAUAUUAUGAAUGUCUUUUUUUUUGUUGGCAUAAUCAAGACCCUCCGAUUUAUUUUUUCAUCCUGUUUUCCUGAGUGUUUGUUUGCCCUUUGAUGCGCACGCCUUGCUGGCAUGUAGCUAUUAGAGGAACAAAGGGACACGCAUGACUCAACAAGUUAACUUGUCAAAGAAUAGAUUAUUUAUUUUUCAUACUGCAUUGUAAUGCUUACAAUUGAGGGAAAAUUGGUCCCAAUCCUUUUAUUAAAUUAAAAUCUUAGUGCAAAACUGAUAUUAUUAUUACUCUAAACUAUUAUAACAGGAGAAACCAUUGUAUAGCAACAUAAUGUACUUUCUUAGGUCUCUUUGUCCACAACAAAAUGGUGCAUUAAUUUUUCAUGUGUAAAUAGAACUGGUGUACAUGUACAGCAA